UGAAUCGCUGACUGGUAAAAUUUGUACAAAAACAAUCCUCUAGAGCUACGUCGAGUUCAAGUCCAAGUCCAAUUGUCAUGCUACCUUUAUGGAUGUAUCUGCUGGUUCUUAUUGCGCUCAUCAGCUAUCUACGCUUGCAGCGCUCUUAUCGCUACUUUCGACGGCACAAUUUGCCCUAUUUGCCGGUCUCCUUCUGGACGCCUUUAGGGCAUUUGAAGAAGCUGCUGUUUCUCCGCAUAUCCUUUGGAGAUCUCUUCGAAAAUAUUUAUGCCAAUGAGCGUAUUAGGAAGGAGAAGUGCGCUGGUUUCUUUAUCUUUCAGACGCCCGCACUCAUUCUAAGGGAUCCAAAGCUAAUACACCUUGUGCUGAUCAAACAAUUCGAUAGCUUCUUGAAUCGCUAUGAAGCCGCUGAUGCUGUUAAUGAUGUGAUGGGAUCACUCACUCUCCCUUUGGCCAAGUACCAUCAUUGGCGGGAGAGUCGUCAGUGCAUGUCCCAACUGUUUACCAGCGGUCGGAUGAAGAGUCACAUGUAUCCACUGUUACAACAAGUGUUACAAGAUCUGGAGCAACAUCUCCAGCGGAAAAUGGGAGCAGAAACGCAGCGUGUGCUCCCGCUUGGCGAAAUGUGCCAACUAUAUACAACAGAUGUAACGGGUAAGCUCUUCUACAGCUCAGAUGUGGGUGGACUGCGGUAUGGUUAUUCUCCACUGCGACAAGAGGCAAAGAAACUCUUUAAGCCCAGCUUGAUGAAGGUGCUGCAUUUUAUGAGCAUCUUCUUUCUGCCCCACUGGGCAGCACAUUGGCGUGCUAAGGUGUUUUCCAAGCAGUAUUCGAAGUUCAUGAGGCAACUGGUGUCUCGGCACUCUGAUCACCAUCAAGGUGAUCUUAUCCAUCUGUUAAAGCAACUGCAACUUAAUCGACCCCACAAUCAUUAUGUUCAGCACGCUGAUUUCAUUGCUUCCCAGGCUGGAAUUAUUUUGCUAGCAGGAUUUGAGACAUCCUCCGCACUGCUGGGAUUCACUCUCUAUGAACUGGCCAAGCAGCCGCUAUUGCAGCAGCGGCUAAGAGAAGAGUUGGGCAAGGCCUUUCGCGAAGCUUCCCACUCAAAGUUAAGCUAUGAAAUGGCAGUUUCAUUGCCGUACUUGAAGAUGAUUUGCCUGGAGGCAUUGCGUCUGUAUCCCGCCGCCGCCUUUAUCAAUCGUGAGUGCACGACAAACCAAAGUGAAGGAUUCUCCCUGCAACCACAUGUGGACUUUGUGAUACCCGCAGGCAUGCCAGCUUAUAUCUCCAUAUUAGGGUUGCACCGCGAUGCCAAGUACUGGCCCAAUCCUCUGCAUUUCGAUCCAGACCGAUUUGCCCCGGAGCGGCUAAAGAGCAUUGUGCCCAUGACGUAUAUUCCCUUUGGAGCUGGUCCACAUGGCUGCAUUGGAAGUCGUCUCGGUAUGUUGCAACUUAAGUUGGGUGUUGCCCAAAUUUUAAGAUUGCAUCGUGUGGAGAUCUGUGAGAAAACUGUGCCCAGCAUUCGCUUUAAUCCGAAAACAUUUAUGCUGGAGUCCAUGGACGAGAUAUACUUACGAUUCUGUAGAGAUCCUUGCUAAAUACACUAUAUUUACGUUACACUAUAUUACGUUAUAAAUAAACUAUUUACAAACUUU